UAGGUCAAUGCUCAACCAUUGAGCCACACCAGCCAGGUCCAACAUGUUAUCUUGGAGGAGCAUGGAAUCAGAGGUCCAGCCACACUAAUGAGGAGAUGCGUGGAUAUGUGUCUAAGGAAGCAGUGCUUCCGGGAAGACAGCAUCUUUGUGCUCUGCUGAUCCGGAAGUGAAGACUGUACUCAGCUGAGCCCAGUGCUCCUUAGGUGCGUCCCGUGUUUCUGGUGCCUGUCUCUCCCCGCAGGAUGGCAUUAGCCCUGUGUCUGCAGGUGCUGGGCAGCCUGGGAGGCUGGCUUUCCCUCUACUUUUCUUGCUGCCACGUGAAUAAGCACCGGGGCUACGAGUGGAGCUGCCGGCUGGUCACACUCGCCCAUGGAGUCCUCGCAAUAGGCCUCUCGGCGUACAUUGGCUUCAUCGAUGGCCCGUGGCCCUUCACCUACCCAGGCUCACCCAAUACACCUCUGCAAGCGCACGUCCUGUGCCUCACCUUGGGCUACUUCAUCUUCGACCUGGGCUGGUGCCUCUAUUUCCAGUCGGAGGGCGCCCUGAUGCUGGCACACCACACCCUCAGCAUCCUGGGCAUCACCACGGCCCUGGUGCUGGGAGAGUCGGGCACAGAGGUCAACGCGGUCCUCUUUGGAAGUGAGCUCACCAACCCCUUGCUGCAGCUGCGCUGGUUUCUCCGCGAGACAGGGCACUACCACAGCUUCGCUGGCGACGUGGCGGACUUCCUCUUCGUGGCCCUGUUCACGGGAGUGAGGAUUGGCUUGGGAGCUCGCCUCCUUUUCUGCGAGAUGGUCUCCCCCAAGCCCAGGUGGUUCAUGAAGGCCGGGGGGAUAGCCAUGUAUGCCGUGUCGUGGUGUUUCAUGGUAAGCAUCUGGCGCUUUGCCUGGAGGAAAAGCAUCAAGAAGUACCACGCCUGGAGAAGCAGGCGGGGCGAGGAGCCGCAGCGGAAGCGAAACGGGCACCUCAGGGCGCACUAGCGACCGCACCUGCCGUGGCACCCAGUCUGGACAUAGGGCUGGCACGGAGUCCCGCUGUCUAACAGACGUAGGUUUCAGAGAAAGGGCCUCGCUUACCGAUCAGCUCCACGUGGAGCACACGCCAGUGUGAGAGCCUGACUCCUGCGGGGCGGGGUGGCGAGGGCGGGCGGUGCGGGCGGUUGAAUGGACCUGACCGCGGUCCUGUCUGUCUGUGCUGCCUGGGGCCCACGGGCUGGCAGGGUGUUCCUCACACAGCUCAGAGAGGAACCGGGGAAGAUGGGCUACUUCGUCCUUAUAUCUUAGAGGUGUGACUGUGUCAACAAAACACUACCGUUUUCCAUGUAGCAAUUUAAACAAAUCCCGCCAUUUACUGCAAGGUGGGUGCCUGUUAGGGAGACUCAUGCCUGUGGCCUCUGAGCGUUGGAUCAGAGAACGGCAUCUGCUGACUUAACCGGAGGGGAAGCGAGGUGAGGGGGGGGCUGUGGCUGUGGGUGGCUCACCGGUUUAGCCUCCCUGUGUCGGUUAGGUUGGGGUCCCCAAGGCUACCUUUGGGUUUGAUAUUUGGUGAGAGGACCCAGCAUGUGGUUGUACUCCUAACUCUGACUGAGAUGGUGCAGAGGCACAGAGAGAGAAAGAGAGCAGCAGAGGAAGAGGGGCCAGAGGCAGCACACGGGGCGUGCUGAUUCCUUUAGCAAUGGUUUGGGACAGUGUAUGACAUGGCUGCCAAGGAGGCUCAUUUGAGAUCAGGUUUCCUCGGGGUGGUCACAAAGGCAGCCUUUGGCUGGCACAGAGACGUUCCUGACUGCCAGGAGGGAAGUCAGUGCUCAGCAUAAACCGUGAUGUUUGCACAGUGAGCCUGUCUGAUUGGUGCAUGGAGCUCUUCCCACAUCCGUGUUCCCAGCUGCCAGCCUUCCCAGGACAGUCCUCAGGCCUGCUGUGUUCGCUCUUCUGCUCAAAAGCCACAGAGCUGGGGCGUGGCUGCGAGGAGGAGGCCUGCUUUCUGGGCUCUGCUCCACCAGGGAAAGUGCCCCUAGCCAGGGCUUCUGUGCAUUGAAGUCCUGGGCAUGAGCAGCUGUGACGAUUCCACAGGAUUUCCCAUGUGGACUCCACUGGACUUGAGGGAGACGGAGUCCCGUCUGCGGGUCUGCUGUGCUUAAUGCAGACUACAACCAAACACCAAAAUGUGUAGUGGCCUCAGGGCAGCGAGUCUUAAGUUGUCAUUUCGGAUACAUCCCCUUUCGGUCUUCUUACUAUUUCCCCUCUUCUCUGGAAGAGGUACCACCAUCCGUGGACACAUAUUAUGAUAAGGCCAGUCUAGGAAGGAACAACAACAAAAUUAGUGUGAUAGUCUCUAAUCUUACCCAGGAAAAGCAAGAAGGUGAACUUAGAACGAGAAGUUUGGAAUCAAGAAUGCCUGCGUUCUUUUCCAGAAUUGGCUGCUCCCUGGCCAACUCCUGGGCGCAGGUCACUGAUUUAUUCUUCCCUCGUGCAAAUUCUGCUGUGAAUGAAUGAAAUGCCCCAUGUUGCAUGCCAUAGAGACGGUAUGUAGCAUUUCUUUAAUGCAUUAUUUAUUUCUAUCUUUGCUAUUUGAUUGAUUGUUAUUUAGAUCAGGCUGUUGGUGAGAAAGUGUAUAGGGCUAUUGAGGUCAAGGCUGAUGUCAGUGGCAGUUUCAGCUCAUCUGAGGUCACUGGCCACAAUAACCUUAUGAGGCUCUUGAAAAUGCACGCCACUGACCACCAGGCAGAGUGCUUGGGACCAUAUACUGUCAUCACUGCUCCAUGGAAGCAGCUUUACAGGCUUGUUCACCGUGCAUCUUUUUAAAAUGGUUGUCAUUUGGUUAGUGUUUUGCUGGACAUGGAAAUAAUCUGACAGUGAUAUCUCUAUCUCUUUCUUUCCCCUGUGAUCAGAAUCCCUAAAAUGUUGGCCAGUUUCUUUCCAACAAAAUUAUGGUCAAAAUCAAGUGCUGGGAGUGCUGACUUCAGCAAAAGCCCAGCAGCAAGUGGCAGGGAGCAGGAGCUUCCGAAAGAAAAGCAGCUGGCUCUUCACAGUGGCCGCGCAGCCCGCUCCAGACCAGACACUUGGGCAGGCUGCCCUGCUGCCAGUCCCUCCCCGUCUCUCCCCAGAAGCGAAGGGGGGAUUGCAGAUCUUGCUGCUUUGGGGUACUCUCGUGUGAAUGUAUGUAGGUCUUUGAAAUUUGAGAAACCUAAAGAAUAAUAAGGGAAAGAGAAUCCCUCAUCUCAGCUUAUCUUGUUGUUGUAACUAUUGUAUUCAAUAAUAAAUCUGAAGGAAAC